AUGGGAGAUUUGGCUACCGUCACCAGACUGUUGACAUCAUCGGGCAAUCAAUUUGUUGACCUGAACUGUCGAGAUGAUACCGGUGCUACUGCGCUUUCACGUGCUGCAAGGAUGGGUCGCACAGAGGUUGUGAGAUAUCUACUCUCGUGCCCUGAUGUAUACGUGAACUGUGCUGAUCACUUUGGCUGGACACCGCUAUCUUGGAGUGCACGAUACGGAGACCACGACGUAGUGCAGCUGCUGCUAGCCUACCUGGACAUAGCGGCUGAUCGCGCUGAUGAGAACGGAAUGACUCCUCUGAUGUUUGCAUCACGGAAAGGACAUGCUGAGACUGUGCGUCGUCUGCUCGACUCAAACCGGGUUGACAUAAACCUGCGCGAUAAUGACGGUCGUACUGCAUUGUCCCACGCGGCCGAAAAUGACUGGGCGUGCGAUGCAGUGACGCUGCUACUCGGAUGUCCCACUGUUGAAGUUGAUGCGAAGGAUCAUUCUGGGUGUUCGCCUCUAUCUUGGGCAGCUCAAGGAGGUUCAGCGACCAAUGUCCGUAUAUUAUUGCAGCGCUCUGACGUGGAUCCAGACUCUAUGGAUUGCGAACAGCGGUCACCUUUGUACUGGGCCGUGGAAAGGGCAGCAGCGGAAGUCGUGGGCUUGUUACUCAGCAGCGAUAGAGUCAAUCCUGAAGCAGCCACUGUUUUUGGGGAUACGCCAGUUAUGUUAGCUGAGAUUCUAGGGCAAGAGCACAUUUUGGAUCUAUUUCGGGAGAAAGUUAGCCAACGGUAA